CAGUGAGGUCAGAGGAAAUCUCCGGCGAAGGCUUUAGGCUCAUUAAGGAUGAGGAUUGAUCUCUGCAACACCUUCUGCCGGAGAGGAAGCAGCUCCGGCUCGGCUUGGGCCAGCUGGCACAAAAGAAACUUGCCAGAACCCCCUUUUUUUAAUCCUUCUGCCCAAUGAUAGUGACGAUGCCCACCAGUGGGACACCACUCAUAAAAAAACACUUCAUACCUUAAGUGAUAGAUAGGGUCUUACGGUCGUAUGAUUUUGGUGAUAAACAAUGCCCCCAAAAAGGGGGAAGGGUAGUUUUUUUUUCCAGUGUCUGAGCAUUUAAGUUAAAAGUCCAUCUCUUGUGUCUCUUGUGUGCUUAAUGAAGGGAUUAGUGCACACUCUCGCUAUACGAGCCAUUCUCCAGCGCACAAUGGCCUUUUUGAAAGAAAGUUUUGUCAAGGCUUCAUUAGCAAUGGCCUCCAACCGGGCGGUGAAUGCAGGACACAUUUGGAGCAAUUACUUGGGCAGAAAACAACUGUCAGUCAUUCUGAAAGGGGAAGGAUCCUAAGAAAUACACUUCUUAAUCCUCGAACCAUCUUCCUUACAUCCUUGCCGUCCUUUGUUGAGGUUUUUUUUUUUUUGCGGUUUACGUGGACGGGACACCGUCAGCACAUCUUUGCUCACUUGAGUGCGAGGGGAGGGGGAUUUGGAGGACUUAACAUGGAGCAACAAGUGCCACUAAAGACCGGAUAGUGUCAGUCGACUACUUAUAGUCUAGAAGGACACCAUGCAUGCAACGUUGCCCGCUACCGGAAGCUACGAUAACGUUGGCAAGAUCACCUUGUUUUUGUUUUUCAACGUCUAACUCUUGGGCUUAGUUUCAAUAGUUUGUCUGGUUGCCAAGAAAACCAUGUGAGUUUGUUGGGACUUUUUGCAAACAGCACACGGUACAUUCCCUUGGUUCAUCCCGAAAAGAAAAGGGAUCCAUAAACUCUAUUUCCACCUUCAACAAACAACCAAAUACGGAUGCAUUUGUCAAUGGAUACCCCGGGAAUCAUGGAAGACGGUUGCCUAGACAACUAUGACAUGGUGAAAGGUGGCGGAUCCAGCUCCUCCGGCGGAAGGGUCCACAGCAUUGAUGUCAUUCUGGGCUUCACGAAAGACCAGGACCCGUUGCUCCACACUGUGGACGAUGACAGCCCAAAAGGCUGCAGGAAAAACUCCGACAAGCAGGACCCGUACGUACAUCUCGCAGAACUGGGUGGCGACAAUUCGCAACAUUCGUCCUACCACGUGUCCGACCUGUUCUCCAGCGACAAGUGCGAUGAAGAUAUGAGUAGCAUGCAAAACAACAUAGACGGGGCCGAGCAGUCCCCCAAAAACAUCAUGGAGGAAGAGCACUCCAAGAAGAAACACCGGAGGAACCGGACCACCUUCACCACCUACCAGCUGCACGAGCUUGAGCGAGCUUUUGAGAAGUCCCACUACCCGGAUGUCUACAGCCGCGAAGAGCUGGCCAUGAAAGUCAACUUGCCCGAGGUUCGCGUCCAGGUGUGGUUCCAGAACCGCAGGGCCAAAUGGCGCCGUCAGGAGAAGAUGGACACCACCACCAUGAAGCUGCACGACUCCCCCAUGCUUUCCUUCAAUCGGCCCCCAAUGCACCCCGGCGCGGGGUCGGUCGCCAAUGCCUUGCCCUUGGACCCUUGGCUCGCCUCUCCCAUUCCCAGUGCCACGCCAAUGCCCAUGCACACCAUCCCGGGCUUCAUGGGCUCGCCUCAGGCACUCCAGCCCGCGUAUCCCAGUCACGGUUUCCUCAACAGCCCGACCGGCUUGGUGCAAGGGAUGCAGCCCGGCGGGGGGCCGCCACCUUACCAGUGCCCGGUCGGAUUCAAUGACAAAUACCCCAUGGAGGACGACAGGAGCUCCAGCAUCGCAGCGCUCAGGAUGAAGGCCAAAGAGCACAUUCAGUCCAUGGAUAAAACAUGGCAACACAUGUGAUCAGUCACAGGACGCUUAUUUGGGUUUUUGGCUGCUUCAGUUGAAUGUUUACAAUUUAUGUUUUGUAUGGAAGAGAGGGUUGACAAGCACAGCAACUUUGACUUAUGUCUGGAUUUGGAUGGAUUUACGAAGGACACAUUAUUGGUGGUAAUACGAGGAUCAACUAUGCAGAUUUAUACACGGACGGAAAUGAGAAUCAGCACCUCCAAGUCCGAGUCCAUGGUUCUCGCCCGGAAAAGGGUGGUGUGCCAUCUCCGGGUUGGGGAGGAGAUCUUGCCCCAAGUGGAGGAGUUCAAGUACCUCGGAGUCUUGUUCACGAGAGAGGGAAGAGUGGAUGGUGAGAUCGACAGGCGGAUCGGUGCGGCGUCUUCAGUAAUGCGGACGCUGUAUCGAUCCGUUGUGGUGCAGAAGGAGCUGAGCCGGAAGGCAAAGCUCUCAAUGUACCUGUCGAUCUACGUUCCCAUCCUCACCUAUGGUCAUGAGCUUUGGGUUAUGACUGAAAGGACAAGAUCACGGGUACAAGCGACCGAAACGGGUUUCCUCCGCCGAGAUAGGGCGAGAAGCUCUGUCAUCCGGGAGGAGCUCAAAGUAAAGCCGCUGCUCCUCCACAUGGAGAGGAGCCAGAUGAGGAUGCCACCCGAACGCCUCCCUAAGGAGGUGUUUCGGGCACUUCUAACCGUUAGAAAGCCACGGGGAAGACCCAGGACACGUUGGGAAGACUAUGUCUCCCGGCUGGCCAGGGAACGCCUCGGGAUUCCCCGGGAAGAGCUAGACGAAGUGGCUGGGGAGAAGGAAGUCUGAGCUUCCCUGCUUAGGCUGCUGCCCCCACCACCCGACUUCGGAUAAGCGGAAGAAGAUGGAUGGAUGGACGGAAAUACUUCAAAAUGAAUUCAAAGUUCUCUUUGUCAUCAUGACUUCAGUCCAACUCCAGUGACUUGCGUCUGAUUAGGUUUAACACUCUUCUGUUUGUUCAAACAGAAGAGUAAAUAGCACACCAGACUAACAAAAGUAACUAAAAAUAAAGGUCAAAGUGUGUGGUAAUCGGUAUAAACUGUUGUGCUUCAGAUGAGGUUCACGCAGACCGCGAAGAAUCCGAAUUGGAUGGUGCAAAACGUGCCAAUCAUUGCAAAACUGCACCGAGUUCGACCUUUUUUGCGCACAGGGAGUCACACAAGCAGGGAGGCCUGUUGCAAAGUUAAAGGCCUACUGAAAGCCACUACUACCCAUCACGCAGUCUGAUAAUUUAUAUAUCAAUGAUGAAAUAUUAACAUUGCAACACAUGCCAAUACGGCCGCUUUAGUUUACUAAAUUGCAAUUUUAAAUUUCCCGCGAAGUGUUGUGUUGAAAACGUCGUGGUAUGAUGACGCAUGCGUUUGACGUCACCGGUUGUAGCGGACAUUUUUUUCCAGCCCGAUCCAAGUCUGCUUUAAUCACAUAAUUACACAGUAUUCUGGACAUCUGUGUUGCUGAAUCUUUUGCAAUUUGUUCAAUUAAUAAUGGAGACGUCAAAGAAGAAAGAUGUAGGUGGGAAGCGGUGUAUUGCGGCUGCCGGCGUUUCCUUGUUUAAAAUUACAGAAGUUGAAGCUUAACUAUGGAACAAAGCGGUCGAGCGAACAUGGUUCCUGACCACAUGGUACGGUGACAAAAUUGUGGUAAUAAGUUGACUCUUACCGUAGACAUGAGCGGAGCUUGCGUCCUCUUGCAGCUGCGUGGGUUCCCUCAGAGACACUGGCGGACACCACACCCGUGGCCACACCCCUCCGACUUUCAGGUACUAUAUAAUCCCACUAAAACACUAGUAACACAAUAAGCACAUAAGGGAUUUUCCAGAAUUAUCCUAGUAAAUGUGUCUAAUAACAUCUGAAUCAAUCUCACUGCCCUCGCCUUUUUUUUUUUUUCCUCUAGUCCUUCACUCUCACUAUCCUCAUCCAUGAAUUGAUUAACGUGGACCCCGACUUAAACAAGUUGAAAAACGUAUUCCGGUGUUACUAUUUAGUGGUCAUUUGUACGGAAUAUGUACUGAACUGUGCAAUCUACUAAUAAAAGUAUCAAUCAAUCAAUCAAUGCACAAAUCUUUCAUCCUCGCUCAAAUCAAUGGGGGAAUUGUCGCUUUCUCGGUCUGAAUCGCUCUAGCUGCAGGUGGCCAUGAUUGUAAACAAUGUUCAGAUGUGAGGGGCUCCACAACCCGUGACGUCACGCGCACAUCAUCUGCUACUUCCGGUAAAGGCAAGGCUUUUUUAUUAGCAACCAAAUGUUGCGAACUUUAUCGUGGAUGUUCUCUACUAAAUCCUUUCAGCAAAAAUAUGGCAAUAUGGCGAAAUGAUCAAGUAUGACACAUAGAAUGGACCUGCUAUCCCCGUUUGAAUAAGAAAAUCUCAUUUCAGUAGGCCUUUAAAGAGUGUAAUCUGGUCCAGGAGGCUAAUUUAAACAGACAAGCCUGCCUCUUAACACCUAAUUACUGUUUUUAAAGCGAUUAAGUCCAGAUCCUCAGUCAUAGACAGAAUGCCCUUAAAUGGCCCCUCAGAAAGUUGUUGGUUUUUUGUUAAACGACCUAAUUAUCACUGAAUGAUCCCAACAAACCAGCUUGUUUCAUUAUUGAUAAAUGACAAAAUAAAGAUGUCA